AGCUUUUUUGGAGGGCUGUUAGAGCUAGUACUGAACAGAAGUUCAAACAUGUAAUGGAAAAGAUCAAAUCUUUAGAUACUCAAGCAUAUGAGUACCUUAUAGACAGAGAUCCUACUACCUGGUCUAAGGCAUUUUUUAAAGAGGGCAGAGAUUGUGAUGCAGUUGAGAAUGGGGUGAGUGAGAGUUUCAAUUCUGCUAUUAGGCAUGCUAGAAGGAAACCAAUCAUCACUAUGCUAGAGGAGAUUAGGAUAUUUGUGAUGGAGAGGAUAUACAGUCAAAGAGUAGAAGGAAUUGAAUGGGAUUUGAAUAUCUGUCCAAGUAUUAGGAAGCGUAUACAAGAUUUGAAGGUUAAACAGAGAUUGUGGGGGGUUACUCCUUGUGGUUAUCAAAAGUAUGAAGUUAGGUUCAAUGAUGCAGCAUAUGGAGUGGAUCUGAUUGCAAAGACUUGUGCAUGCAGAAUAUGGCAACUUACAGGGAUACCAUGCUUACAUGGAGUAGCUGCAAUCUCUUCCCUGAAUCAAGAUGCAGAAACAUAUGUGUCCCAAUCAUACAGUAAAGAGGCUUUUCUAAAAUGCUAUAAUUAUAGCAUUAACCCUGUCAAUGGUAGUGAUAUGUGGGAAGAAGUUCCUUAUCGAAAGCCUUUGCCUCCCAAAAGAAGAAGAUUACCUGGUAGGCCAUCAGUGAAAAGGAAGAGGGAUGCAGUGGAAAGGGAGUUGAGUGGACCAGUUAGACAUUCUGUGACAAGAAGGGGAUCCCUGAUAAAGUGUAGUAUUUGCAAGGAACCAGGUCAUAACAAGAUAAAGUGUCCAUCUAAGCAGCAAACAAAUACAUCAGCACCAAGUUCAUCCAGGGGUAGUGGAGCAGGACCAAGUCAACCACCAAGUUCAUCAGGGGGUAGUGGAGUAGGACCAAGUCAACCACCAGCAGCAUCCCAACCACCUCCACCACCACCACCACCACCAGCCCAACCACCUCCACCUCCACCACCACCACCACCAGCAGCCCAACCACCUCCACCACCACCACCACCACCACCACCACCAGCCCAACCACCUCCACCACCACCACCACCAGCAGCUGCAAGGCCUGUCCCAAGAAGGGCCCCAAUUGGUAGAACUGGACGGAGGAAAUAUUCUGAAAGGAUUGUCAAAAUGGCAUUGAGGAGGAACAUACCUGGGGUUGGGAGCAGUGCAGAGAACCCUGCAGUCCUUAAUUAAGUAGGUGUGUAGGUAGUAGGUGGGCACAUCUUUUGUUAUCAAGUUGUGAUGUAAAGACAAUACUAUGUGUUAUUUAUGCUUUUCUUUUGGGUUUGUGGGCACAUGGUUGCCCUUCUUUUGUGGUCCCUAGAAGGAAUCUUUUGUCCUUGUGUAUGCAGACAACUACUCAGUACUCACCCUUUAUUUAAUUUAGAAUAUUGAUGGAGUAUUUGCAAUGAAUUCAAC